GCUCCUGCUAAACCAACCAUCAAACGAACGAGCUAGACAGCCCCCGCCCGCUUCUCUCUCUCUCACUUCAUUCUCUACGCAUUUGUUGGCGUCGCUUCCCGCUGCUAUUUGCCCUUUCAUUGCACCUUGUGGGGUUUUUCGAUUCCGAACCGGGUCUGGGUCUGCCUAUGGCAUGCGGAUGCCGUAGUUCUUCCGACUGUCAACCCAACGGAGGUCAAUGACAGUGACAGACAUUUUACGAAGAAACAUAAAUUUCAUCGCGCGGCGUCAGCUUUUGUAUGGCCUGGGGGAUAACGUGUACAUUCUCUUUAGCGCGAUAGCAACGCUACCUUGCUCUUCAACAUGGCGAUGAAUUUCGUCACCUUCAAUCAGGACUACAGCUAUUUAGCUGUCGGUACCUCGAAAGGUUUCCGCAUAUUUACCACGGAUCCUUUCGCAAAGAGUUACGAAACGAAAGAAGGGAAUAUCGCGAUUAUAGAAAUGCUUUUUUCAACCUCCCUUGUCGCCCUCAUCCUUUCCCCGCGACGGUUACUAAUCACAAACACCAAGAGGCAAUCUACAAUAUGCGAGUUGACCUUUCCUACCACUGUCCUUGCUGUCCGUUUGAACCGGAAACGAUUAGUUAUUGUGCUGGAAGACCAGAUCUACCUAUACGAUAUCCAAACAAUGAAACUUUUGUACACAAUUGAGACAUCGCCAAAUCCGAGCGCAAUUUGUGCACUCUCCCCUUCAUCGGAAAACUGCUAUCUUGCCUAUCCUCUUCCGCAAAAGGCUCCUCCCUCUUCCUUCACACCACCUUCGCACGCUCCACCCGGUAGUACCCACAUCUCCCCCACCAGCGGCGAAGUUCUUAUUUUCGACACGCUAAAGCUUGAAGCUAUUAAUGUUGUUGAGGCUCAUAAGUCUCCGUUAUCGUGCCUCGCAAUGAAUACGGAAGGCACUCUGUUGGCUACAGCUUCCGACAAGGGAACAAUUAUCCGGGUGUUUUCCGUUCCUGACGCGCAAAAGCUAUAUCAGUUCCGAAGGGGCUCGAUGCCUUCUCGGAUUUUUAGCAUGUCGUUCAAUAUAACAUCCACACUUCUCUGCGUUUCUUCAGCAACCGAAACUAUUCAUAUUUUCAAACUCCACCAGGGUACUUCAGAAGAUUUUCCUCCUUCUCCUAUCGGCGUUGGUUCCCGGAGCCCAACUAGCCGGCAAAGAGGAUUCAGCCAGAGUUCGAGUGCGUUUUCAGGUGGGGACGAUUCACCUACGGAUCAUGAUCCUAGCGACAUCACCGCUCGAAAGCAUAAUGGUACAUUUAUGGGCAUGAUACGUCGGACAUCACAAAGCGUAGGCAAUUCGUUCGCGGCGACUGUUGGUGGUUAUUUGCCAAAGGGGGUGACGGAGAUGUGGGAACCGGCACGGGAUUUUGCGUGGAUUAAACUUCCCAAGACAGCAGGGCAAGGUGCCCCGGGUUCGAACGCUGGUCCCGUGCGAAGCGUAGUGGCGAUGAGCAGCAAUACGCCCCAGGUUAUGGUUGUUACUAGUGAUGGUAAUUUUUAUGUGUACAACGUUGAUUUGUCGAAAGGUGGAGAGGGUACGCUGACCAAACAGUACUCGGUACUCGACUCCAGCGACAAACUCAGUUCCGCUGGAAUGGAUUAUUUUUAACAACAUGAAGUCUUUUGCUCUGGCAUAUUUGAGUACUUUCUCAAACACGGUGUACCUUGACACCAACUUAGUAUGAGAAGGACUUAUUAAGACAAACAAGACAAACAAGACAAACAUAACACAUACCAUACCUUUCCAUCCUAGACGCCGUGGUGAUACAAGGUGUCCGAAGAAAGUGGUGAAAUAUGCUAGAGCAAAAGACUUCAUGAUGCUCAAAACAAUCCAUAUUACCUAUAUCUAUAUGACUCUUAUGAAUUAUUAGCGUGUAUACGUGGACUGGUUUCGCCAUGCACGAUUAACCUUGCAGUUUCACAGCCGGAUACGCCACCAGGUGACCAGUGAGAGCUUGAGGAGUUUGCUUUUCAUCCAUCAGCAGUUCGGGCAUAUCUGACAAGAUAUAUAAAUGUUGAACUGAGGGAGCUUAGGGAUUCAGAACAGGCAGCGUACAAGCUGGAGUUUAUCAAUGUUGGUUCAUGUAUCUGUCUUGGCUCUGUUUCAACUAUUUACCCAAAGCUCUGCAUUUUAUUUUAUUUUAUUUAUUUUUUUAAUCUUCAUUUUUUAAUUUCCUUUAGCCCUGUCUACAUCUUUGAUACCGGGGGUUUUGCUUUGUGUCUUUUCCUCUCCCAUUCCCAAUGCCAUCAUGCUCCCAUCCCUCCGCCACCUCCGUUUGUCUUGUCUAUUUCUGCUUCUCUACACAUUAUUCCAGUCAGGUCUACUCUUUUUUUUUUUUUUUUUUUUUUUCCAAGGAUCAAAAUUGGGCGAAGAGAUAGCAUAUAUUAUCAGAACAUCUCCAUCUCUUACCGUCUGUAUAUAUCCUUCAUAUAUUUACAGUACCAUAAAGAUAUCAGUAAUGGCCCGGGUAUGCCAUCCUAAUAUAUAUCAUUAGCCUCUCCCUGUCGUUCA